UUUGCGUGCGUUGGGGGUGGGAGAGAUAAUCUUGGAUAGUGGGGAUGAUAUCUAGAAGUAGCGGCACCCCUCAAGAUUAUCAUUCGCUUCCCGGCGCUCACCUGUAGAGGUGUCCACGUCCGCAACUGAAGUCAUCAGGCUUAUCGUCGUGCGAAGCUUGCGUCGUCGUGUUAAUUGCGGAUACUUCAUAAAAAUGAAUCACUCUUGGAUAAUACUUUUUGUCGCAGUAUGCGCGUUAUGGAGCUUCGGCGAGACCGUUCCCUGCGAUCAGUGCGGACGGGAGUGCGCCGACAUAUGCGGCACCCGGCAGUUCCGCGCCUGCUGCUUCAACAACAUGCGGAAGAGACAUUCCGACUUCUUCGGCCUGAGAUUCUGGAGACCGCGGAGAUACGCGGUCCACCUUUACCCGGCCUACGACGCUUAAUCAUCGCACCGUACACACCCCACACAAUUAUGGAAAAUCCCACGAUACAAGCCAGUUUACUGCUCAAUGUUAUUUAAUCCAAGCACACCGUUCGACCGAAGUUACAUGCCGCCUUUGAUUUCUCCCGCUACCUCCCUCCCAUCUCUUCCCUUCGAUAACACGCUUGUCGAUGCCCGUAAUUCAAAUUAAAGGUGUUACUCAGCAGCAGCCACUCGGGUAUGAUUCUUUGCGCGUUACAAGAGUCUCUGUGUCGCCCAAUUU